GAAGGGUUCGGAUUAGCAUAGCAUAAUACUCCUCGCUUCCGCAGAGCGACAAUUUCUGCUGUUGUUUGGUUGAAAACAACACCAAAAUGUUGAAAGAGUUGGUAAGGGAGCGAUUGAUUGCGGCCGCCGAUGACAUCUACGUGCUUUUUGAAACAACCAUGGCGUCGUACAAAGAGCAACUUUGUCGAGCGAGGGAGGAGACAGAGCGUCAUCGACGGCAACUGGAAGCUGUUUGCAAGGCACAAAUUGUCGUACGUGUCGAAGACGUUGAGCAGCAGCGUGGUCGUCAGGAUGAACUUUCUGACGUAAAGUGGAGGAGCUCUAGUUUGGAGCACGAGUAUCCCCAGUUCCCUCACAUUAAAGAGGAGGAGGAGGAGGAGGAGGAGGCCGGUAUCAGCGGGGCAACCUCCGCGGAGAGUGACAACGAGGGAGUUGAACCACCUGAAUGGUCGCAGCUUCAUCAUGGCAGUCUGCGUGGAAGACCACUACCAGACAAUCUCUUAACUCUGUCAGAUGGUCACCGCCUGGAGGAACCUUUGGGGAGCGGGACGAAUUGCGAAGACCUGCAGCAGCUGAUUGGUGAUCAGGAGGAAGUUCCCUCUCAGCCGCUGUGGGGGCUGUCCGGUUUGGAGCUGAAGAUUCUACAACAACCACACGUUGCAGAGGAAGCUGACGUCUACAUGAGUGAAGCUAUUCAUCCUAAGCGGCAGGAGCCAGAGCUCACCCACAUUAAAGAGGAGGAAGAUGUGGGCAAAGAGGUCCACCAUUUAAAUGAACAAAAGGAGCAGACCUUUCUUUGCACCAUAAAGGAGGAGGAAGAGCUGGGGCGACCUUGUAUCAAAGAGGAGGGAGAAGACUGCUGUGACCUUAAAAAGGAGGAGGAGGAGAUGCCAUUGACCGGUGUCCCUGUGAAGAGUUUAGAUGAGGUGAGCAAAGGGGCGGAGCCUCCAAGCUGCAGCUCAAAUCAACAAAUGACCCGAGAAGGUGAUGGAGACUGCUGUGGAGGAUCAGGAUGUGUUUUGAAAAAACACAUGACAAUGCACACAAGAAAGAAAAACUUUUCAUGCUCAGUUUGUGGCCAAAGAUUUUCAGUGAAGACAAACUUAAAAAGGCACACAAGAAUCCACACUGGCGAGAAACCUUUUCCAUGCUCAGUUUGUGGCCAAAAAUUCUCUGAGAAGGCAACUUUAACAAGUCAUACAAGAAUCCACACUGGCGAGAAACCUUUUUCAUGCUCAGUUUGUGGCCGAAGGUUUAGUCGUAGAGGACCUCUCACGCAUCAUUCAAGAACCCACACUGGUGAGAAACCUUUUUCAUGCUUGGUUUGUGGCCAAACAUUUGGUCGUCAGUACACCUUAAAAAGUCAUACAAGGACCCACACUGGUGAGAAACCCUUUUCCUGCUCAGUUUGUGGCCAAAAUUUCACUAGAAGGGGUUAUUUAAUAAGGCACAUAAGAAUCCAUACUGGUGAGAAACCUUUUUCAUGCUCAGUUUGUGGCAAAAUAUUGCCGAGUCAGGAACACUUAACAACACACACAAGGACCCACACUGGGGAGAAACCUUUUUCAUGCUCAGUUUGUGGCCACAAAUUCUCUCAUAGGAGAAGCUUAAUCAGGCACACAAGAAUCCACACUGGUGAGAAUUCUUUUUCAUGCUCAGUUUGUGGCCAGAAAUUCGGUGAUAAGAGAACCUUAAAGAAUCAUACAAGAGUCCACACUCGCGAGAACCCUGUUGCCUCCUCAGUCACUUGGCAAAGAGUCUCUAUGGAGAAUUCCGUGUUUGUUGGGGAGAUGAGCAAUGGUCCGUGAAGUUUUCAUCUUCCGUUUGAGUAGAUUUUAUAAGACUACUCUCUUUGCUGCCUGUCCAACUUCAUCCCUCCUUUUUUCCCUUUUAGCAUGCCUAGGGACUGCUGUCAGAAACCACUGUACACAGUAUAAUUGCCAUUUUUAUGUUUGGCUUCCAUUCACAUUUUUGUCGCAUCAAUGAUAAUUCUGUUCUAUAAAUGAUAUUAGAUUAGAAUAUGGAAUUAUGUAAAAUGAUAUAAAACGUGUCUUGUGAUACGCCUUAAUAAAUAGAGAUCCAUGA